CCCAAACGUUUAGUUGACUGGGCGUUUGGGUUUUGGACGCGCAGUGAUGCUACGGCGACGCACAACAGAGGGAAGGGACAGGUGAGGUGCGGCUGAGGAGCGCUAUUUUAGAGAGGCUUUGAAUACCCCCGAGCUGUGCUACCCAACCCCGGUUUCCUCAUAGAAAGGAAGAAGAUCGACCGGCGAGGGCGAGUUGGCGAUUGGCACCUGCCUCACCCUCCAAUACCUGGCCAUCUGGCGCGUGCAUCUGUGUUGCUGCCAUGGCAACUGUGGCUCCACCCCUCGCAUUUCUUCUCCUGCUGCUUCAACUGGCUGAUGGCUCAUUCCCAGAGGAACCCAGUCCACUCAGCUACGUCCCUGUGGAGGUGGUGAGGAGGUAUCCAGUGUUCCUGGGCCGAGCUCAUCGUUCAGCGCAAAGACAGGAGCUGCACAUCCAGACGGUCCUCCAAGUCAACCGCACGCUGUACAUAGGAGCCAGAGAUGACUUGUACAGAGUGGAGCUGGAUAACAUGGCAGGCGAUGAGAUGUUUUACAGCAAGAAAAGGACUUGGGAAUCCAAUAAGAACGAUAUUCGAGUGUGUCGGAUGAAGGGCAAGCACGAGGGAGAGUGUCGUAAUUUCAUCAAGGUUUUACUCAAGCAGGACGGUGGACUGUUUGUAUGCGGAACAAAUGCCUUCAACCCUCUGUGUGCCAACUACACUAGAGACAGUCUAGAAAUGGUGGGAGAGCCUAUCAGUGGGAUGGCACGGUGCCCAUAUGAUCCACGACAUGCCAAUGUGGCUUUAUUUGCAGAUGGAAGUCUCUUUACCGGCACCGUGACAGACUUCCUGGCCAUCGACGCAGUGAUCUAUCGCAGCCUCGGCGACAGCCCUGCCCUGCGCACAGUCAAGCACGACUCCAAAUGGUUCCGAGAGCCCUACUUUGUGAGUGCCAUGGAGUGGGGGCCUCAUAUUUACUUCUUCUUCAGAGAGAUGGCCAUGGAGUUUCAUCAUCUGGAGAAGGUGAUGGUGUCCCGCGUGGCCCGUGUGUGUAAAUCAGACCUGGGUGGCUCCCAGCGCGUCCUGGAGAAACAGUGGACCACGUUUCUAAAGGCGCGACUCAACUGCUCCGUCCCCGGAGACUCGCACUUUUACUUCAACCUCCUGCACGCCACGAGUGGCAUCAUCCGCAUGCAGGGACGAGAUGUCAUCCUGGGUCUCUUCUCCACGCCACCCAACAGCAUCCCGGGAUCUGCGGUGUGUGUGUUUGACAUGCAGCAGCUCGCUCAUGUCUUUGAGGGACGCUUUAAGGAGCAAAAAUCUCCCGAGUCUAUUUGGACACCUGUACCAGAUGAAGCCGUGCCUAAACCAAGGCCAGGCGGAUGUGCAGUGCAGGGAUCCAGAUUUAGCUCCUCGACCACACUGCCAGAUGAGGUGCUGAAUUUUGUCAAGACCCACCCGCUCAUGGAUGAGACAGUUCCGCUGCUGGGACAUAGACCCUGGGUGGUCAAGACUAUGGGACGGUACCAGUUGACAUCUAUGGUGGUGGACACAGAAGCUGGCCCCCAUAAGAACCGUACAGUCUUGUUCCUGGGUUCAACCCGUGGGACCAUUCUCAAGUUCCUAAUGAUUCCCAGUGGAGAUUCUGUCUCUCAUAGCAGCGUCUUUCUGGAGGAGGUGGAGGGAUUCAACCCAGAUAAAUGUGGUGAGGACUCUCCUCAGGCCCGUCAGCUCCUGUCUCUGUCGCUGGACCGAACAAGCCACACUCUGCUGCUGGCCUUUCCCUCGUGCCUGGUCCGAGUCCCCACAUCUCGCUGCCACCUUCACUCACGCUGCAUGAAGAGCUGUCUGGCCUCCAGGGAUCCAUACUGUGGCUGGACCAGAGGCAGCACUUGCUCCUUUCUAAGACCCGGUACACGACUCCCUUUUCAGCAAGAUGUGGAGUAUGGAAACACCACCUCCCACCUCGGAGACUGUGAUGGAAUUCUCCAACAGAGUUUGCUCAUUGAACCGGAGAGCCUGGUCUCGCUCAACCUGCUCGUGGCAUCUGCAGUCUCUGCAUUCACCAUAGGGGCGGCGCUCUCGGGCCUUGCUGUGUGUUGGAUCAUGGCCCACAAGCCUGCAAACCGUCGUCAUGGCACCGCUUCCCAGGCCUCCAUCCAGCGGCGUGAAAGAGGCCUGCUGAGUAGCGGCGGAGGGAUGGAAGGCUCUGUGUUGAGCGUGACACGGCAGGGAGGAGGGGAGCGUCCCUGCUCUCAGGGCGGGGAGACCUUGUUUGUCAUGCCCAACGGCUGGGUGAAGUCAGGAGAGCUAGACCCCGGUUUCCUGCCCACUCCGGAGCACACACCCCAGCAGAAACGCAGAGGCCUGCGGCUGUCCGACUCCAACUCUGGAGGGUGGGACACAAGUCAGACCUACCUCGGGGGAGGUUCUGUAGGUCUGGGUUCACCCUGUCGCAUGCCCCCCUCUGUUUACCUGACCACCAGACUCUUCCAGCAAGGCGGAGGUGGAAGACACAGCGGCGACAGCCGAGGGAAUGACACGCCACGCCAGCACUAUGUCUGUCUGAGCAAGCAAGAAAAAGCGAAGGGGACGCCCAAAGCCCCCCUCAGGAAGUCUGCAGUAGAAUAUGUUUACCCCAUGACCCCCCAGGACUCACCUGAGCGUCGGAGGGUGGUCUCAGCACCCAGCGCACCAAUGGAGUACAGCGAGCCACUGCCUUUGCGUUGGCCAGCCCAGGAAGGAUACAUCCUCAGCAGCCACGGGAUGGUUCCCGUCCCCCUGCCUCCCCCAUCAAUGCCCGCUCCCAGCAGCCAAGCUUAUGUGUCCCAGCAACACACCCCCGGGCUGAGCAGGGCUCUCCUGAGAGGGGCCCUGGAGCGAGGGGAGCUGGGUGAGCUGGUGGAUCUCAGCCAGCUGAUGAGUAAGAAGAACUGCAGUGACAGGACUCAGGCUGGCCAGUGACUGUGGAGGAAACCAAUUCUGUUUCCAGGGCUCUUUGUUUUGUUUACAUAAAUGUCCUUACUCUUUAUUCUGCCUGUCACUCUCUCCCUUCUCUUUUCCCCACAUCUUUAUUUCAUUGUCAUUUCGGCCCACUACCCCACUCCAUAAUCUUCUCUGUCAGUCUCUCAGGCAACCCCUCUUUCACCCCGUGAUGAGCCUCUCCUUAUGACUGGCUGCUGGGUCUGCCGUUCAUAUCCUGGCUCACAUUAAUUGGUCAGAUGGACUGAGGUUGUUGCUGUGUCUGCAUUGCAGAGUUGCCUCCCUCUCCUGAUCUUAGUGGCAGCGGGGAGAGAGAGAGAAAGAGAGAGAGAGAGAAUAGAGGGGAGCAAAGAAGAUGGAAAGAGAGCAGAAGGGGGGGAGCAGAGAGGACGAGGAUGAAAAUGGACGUGGCACUUAGAUACUGCGUUCACUGUGCAGAUUGACUGCAGAGCCAGUCGAAUGCUCCUGCAAUAGUGGGAUGCUUUUCCCUUCAUGGAUAGCAUUAACAAGACUGCUAGCCAUCUGUUCCCCACUGCAUUACCUGUUGGUGUGAUUGCCAACUGGGUACUUGAAGUGAAAUUGGAAAUUCUGAACAUCUUUAAAGUAUCUGAAGCUCCAGGUGAAAAAACUGGUCAUUCUCUGAAGACAGAUAUUGAACCUAUAAGUCCUUCAGUUUUCCCCCCACUCUUUCUCCUUGCUGCACACAUACAAGUACAUGUAUUUGUACAGGUGGGUAUUUAGUAUUCUGUGUAUACGAAGGAGCAUGACUUGUGUGCCAAAUGCCUCUAACCUGUCUCGUGGGGAUAUGGGACCAUAACUCACGUCUUUGGAGUGCAGGGCGCAGGACUGGAACGUCAGCACUAUUCCUGCCAAAUGCAUGCUCUCUGUAAUGACGGCAUCUCAGCUGUCCAUCGCUCAAUUCGUUUCUUCCUUCCACUCUAUGUACUCUUUAACAACCAAUAAUUCCACAAGGACAUCAGGUGGGAUUGCACCACAGCACUGGACUGACAGAAAAAUCACAAAUGACAGAAAGGCGGCAAGGCAGGAGGUGUUUUGGAGAAUAUAAUGUACAAGGACUGCAGUGUAAGAACACCUUGUCCUUCACUGUCACCUUAGGGUUUUUUCUGCUUACACACACACACACACACACACACACACAUUCAUUAGGUCUGCAUUAUAGAUCGCAGUCCAGUUUUACGUGGCAAGAUUUCCCCUUAGGCUCACAGUGGGUCAAGGUCCCACAGAUGUAAUACAGAGCACAGUGGCAGUUACAGUGGGGAUGAUUGAAACCUCUGGCUCAUCUUAGAGCCAAUAGGGGUGAGGGGAAAUGUUCUCAGCUGGCAAAUGGGACUAUAUAUUCAGCCCAUCAAAGUGUCCGCGGUGCCACGAAAUGGUCGGCCUUUAGAUCAACACAACACGGUUUAAACGUGUUGCAGCAGUAAAACAGAGACCAGAUAAAGAGGGCAGAUGGAAAAAAGCAAAGAAAAACACGAUCAUAUGAAGGUGCAAGAACUAAAACUACUGUGGGAAACAAUGAGAAUCUGUUACAGCUGACUGGGUGAUGGUCAACCCUCCGGUCUACUAGACGACAAAUGAAUGCUGGUUUGCGCUGAAUCCGAAGCGAGCAGCAAUAUAUGGUUUAUGUGUACAUAGUAAACUUUAAUUUAGGUGAGACCAUGAUGUUAGACAAACAGUAACUUAGAAAGAAUAUAGACAGGCAUCAGCUUGGAAACAAAAAUAUGCAUUUUACUGUCUCAUUAUAAGAGUAACGUGGAAAAUUCUCACAGUGACCUGCUCCAAGAUGGAAAUGUCCAAGACACUAUGCAUCGCCGGUGUCUUUUUUUCUUUUCUUUACUUCAAUGUGCCAAACCCAAGUGAAGAAUGAUUUACUGAUGCCUGAUUAAUGAAGCAAAAAAAAAAAAAAAAAAGAGUGGGAGAAACUUUAAAAGUGCCAUGAAAACAUAAUUUAAGUCAGCAGUGCACCUUCCUCACGUACUGUGGUGUUGAAGAACUCACUUCUUGCAGUAUACUUCUUAUAAUUCUGCCUUUGACGUAACGCGAUGAAUGUUUCUUCUUUUUUUCAUUGAGAUGCCGACUUGUACUGUUGUUAAAAUACACUUUUUUCAGCUCUCCUUAUGUGACGCUCCUGAUGCUGAAUGUUAAAAACACUAUUUGAGGGUCUGUUUGUAAAUUACUUCUACUUAAAGGGACGGUUCACCUCUCAAAUGAAAUGUAUGUAUUCUUCCUCUGGUCUGCUUUGCUUUAUUUUAUUUUAUCCAUAGUGUGAGUUGCUCCUUUAGAGACAGCUGUAGAAGUACUUGUCCGCUCUUGAAUAUAAUGGAAAGAGAUGACAAUUUCCUUGUGCUUUUCAAAAAUAAAAAUAAAAACUCAGCAGUUAUGUCCCUUUCCACACAUCAUGAUGCAGUUGCUCAAAAAACCCGGAAAAACAACAAAGCUUACUGUAAGCAGUUUGUCAUUGGAACUAUUUUCUCCGUAACGUUUAAUCAUUGGUGAGAAGGAGCCUGACGCUUCCUUCUGCAUAGUGACAUAUUUGGCUGAUGUAGUUUAGUUCCUCCAUGAAACUGCCUACAUCAAGGUUUGUGGGCUGUUUUUUUUUUUUUUGUUUGUUUGUUUGUUUUUUAAUCCAAGUAACACUUUUUGUAGAAAUAUUGCAGCUGAAUCUUUCAAAUGUAGUGUUUCAGCACUUUGUGCACCACAAGGCAACUGCAAUGUGCUUCCAUUAUAUUCAAGAGAAGGCUGACGUUUCUACAGCUGAUGUAUCUCCAAUGCGUUUUAGAUCUAUAGAAAGCACAGCAGACCGGAAAAAAAAAACCCUGAUCUUAGGUUUAAUACAUCACGCCAUAUACUGUACAUAUGUAAGCAUACAUUACAUACUCUGUCAUGCCCUUUAUGGUCAACACUAUUAAUGUUUUCGCUGAUGCCGUGACAUGAACUGAAUAGCAGAUAUCUAACAAUAAUAAUAAUGUUUUAUAAGUAGUUCAUAAGCAAACCCUCAAAUGGACUGAAGUGCAUUGAGGGAACACUGUGUAGCUCAUCUCCUGAUUAUGGACGUUUCGUUGUGUAGUCUGUAGUCUGGUGAUUGUCCGUCUGUCAUCGUCAACCAACUGCCAUACUGGAGGAUCUUGAAAACCGCUCGUCAGCAUUCCGAGUGAAUGAAUGUAAUCACUUCUUUUGUUUGGCACCAUUACAAUGUGCAGUAAUAAGGAAAAGCACAAACUGUGUGGGGUUUUCUUUUCUUUUCUUUCUAAAAGGGAGCUGUUCUGUACAACAUUUGUGAAUAAUGUA